AUGGACUCCGAUUACUCUUUUUCACUAACAACAUUCAGCCCUUCUGGAAAGCUUGUUCAGAUAGAAUAUGCCUUAAACGCAGUCAAUUCUCAGGGACGACCUGCACUGGGAAUUAAAGCAAGAAAUGGAGUUAUUAUCGCUGCUGAAAAAAAAGUUGCAAGCCCGUUGGUUGAAGAACACUCAAUUAGAAAAGUCGAAUUAAUUACUAGUGAGAUAGGCUGCUGCUUUGCAGGAAUGCCUGCUGAUUUCAGAGUGAUUCUGAAGAAAAGUAGAAAAAUUGCUCAAGUUUAUUACAAUACGUAUCGUGAGCAGAUUCCAGUUUGUGAACUAGUUCGAGAAAUUGCAACUGUAAUGCAGGAAUUUACUCAAUCAGGUGGUGUAAGGCCAUUUGGAGUUUCAUUGUUAGUGGCAGGGUUCGAUUCAAUGAGAGGCCCUCAGCUAUUUCAAAUAGAUCCCUCUGGUGCUUAUUUUGGCUGGAAGGCAUCUGCAGUUGGGAAGGACAUGCAGAAUGCAAAGUCCUUUUUAGAAAAAAGAUACAACCCCGACAUGGAAAUCGAGGAUGCAUUACACACUGCCCUCCUCACAUUAAAAGAGUGUUUCGAAGGAGCAAUGAAUGAAGAUAACAUUGAAGUAGGUAUAAUUGGAGAAGAUAAAAACUUUACUAUUCUAACACCACGAGAAAUCAAAGACUAUUUAGGCGAAGUUGAAUAG